AUUUUUCAAUUAUUUGAUUCACUGGUAAAAAAAAGCUCGUUUAAAAAUGAGUACUCAGUGGUCAUAAAUUGUGACGUCAGAGGGAAAGAGAGAGAGAGAGAGAAUCGCGUCGUUUCCCGUCUUUCUCCCACUCUGCCAUCCAAAUACUGACGUCAUAAACCACAUUUUUAUUUUUUUCUAACGGGCAAAAAAUGUAAAAUAAUUCAUAGCGUGAAUAAACGUCAUAAAUUUUCGUCUUCAAAAUUAAUUUCAAAAUAAAUUUCGAGGAUGAUUAGCAUGGUUACUCCGCGAGAAAGCACCUCGCGUGAUCGAAUGAAAAAGCGGAAAAGUGGAAUAAACAUCGCGAGCGAGCGGCAAGAAAAAUAAUGACAAUUUACUCCAAAGUACGAAAAUAUUAUUCCUCUAGACCCCUGAACAAAACGUUGUAAAAAAGUAUGGACUCGCUUUUCAAGUAAAACGUAUUCGAAUCUCUCAGACCUAAGAAUAAAAACUCAUUUGAACAAAAUUCUUUUCCCAUAAAACAUAAAAAGUAAAAUUGGAAAAAAACAUUGUAUCUCGAAUAAUGUUGGGCUGGAUCUCCUUGACCCAUAGUUAAAAAUACAACGAAAGAAAUAUGUUAAAAAAGCAAUGUUAAGGAGAAUAUUGAUUCACAUUUAACAAUUCAACGAAAAAAUUGCCAGAGUUUCUGAAUUUCAGGCUGCAAGGUUUCGGUAGCAUUGAACAUCUAUAUGAACACGAACAGUUUUAAUUCAAAUGAUCGUAGACGUAACGUCGUGGAGGUGAGGCAUGAAUAUUGAUGAACGAGUUUGGCUUGAGCUAGCGUAACCAACGAGACAAUAAUACGGAGGAUUCCAGGGCGCGCUCUAUUGAUGCAUUCCAAAAGUUAAGUAAAAUUUGAACGACGUACGGGAGAGCAGCUCGUCACAUAUGGGGAGAGACUCGCGGCAGCGCGAUGCCGCAAUCGAGAAACGGUGCAACAACAGGUUUCGAGGAAGCUCAACACAAGAGAGCGUGGUAGGAGUUAGCCGAUUGGCGAACGCACGCUUGAGACGGUCAGCCGGGAUGGAGAGAGAGGGGGGAUCGCGAGAGCGUAGCGACGACCAAGAAUGGGCAGGAUUCAACGCUCAGGUACGGUCCUCGUCGAUCGAACCAGAGUUUCUCGUGCUCGCGGGCUCGAGCCUUGUAUUAUUCGCGGCGCUCCGUUUUUUAAUCGCUAUUAAAAAAUCUUUUCUUCCAAUCUUAGUGCUAUUUUUCUAUUUUUCCCGUGACACUCGUAUCUGGAAUGAAUAAACAAAGAAUAUUUCGUAUUCGGAGUAUCGUUUGAAGUGCGCACGGUGAAAUGACGUCGCUCCGUGCAAGCUUGGAGUUGUCACGGACGAAAGAAGAAGUGGAAGAGCCAAGGAAGAAUACCAAAUAGACUGGAGACGUUGCUAUCUCGCUGUGCCUCGAGUCCAGCGAAUUUUAUUUUUUAUUUUUUUUAUAAAUAGAAUAAUAGACAGAAGAUAUUAAAUAAUUUGUAAUUGAUCAACGAGGAUACGAAAAUGACGAGGAAACUGAGCAAAUUUCUUAUUCUCUUCGACAAUACGAAUCUCUUGUAUUUUCCUGGUCACUUCUUGUCGGGGCGUGUGCUCAUCGAACUCGACGAUGAAGCUUACGUAUCCGGAUUGCACUUUCACGUGAUAGGCGAGGGAGUGGUCAGAGUUAGGAGUCAACGGGCGGAGAGAGUUUACGACAAGGAAAACUACAUAGAUUUUCGAAUGAGAUUACUCGGCGAACCCGGCGAGGGACCGUCGCUCUUGUCACCGGGGAUCCACAGUUUCCCUUUCAAACUGGGUCUUCCGUUGGGACUUCCGUCAACGUUUCUCGGUAAACACGGUUGGGUACAGUACUACUGCAAAGCUGCUCUCCGAGAACCCGGUGGUUUGACCCACAAAAACCAACAGGUUUUCAUCGUGAUGAAUCCCAUAGAUUUAAAUCUCGAACCACCGAUAUUGGCGCAACCAGCGAGACUGGAAGUUGAACAACGCGUGGGAGUUUCCUGUGUCUCCGGCGGACCCGUAUUUUGUAGAGUGAGUUUGGAUCGAGGUGGUUACGUGCCUGGCGAGACGAUCGGGAUUUCGGCGACGGUCAGCAAUCGCAGCAAGGUAACUAUGAAAUUUACGAAAGCAUCAUUGACCGAAACGAUACAGUACAUGUGUCGAAACAAAGUAUUGGCCAGCGAAACCAGAGAACUUGCGAGCGUUUCAAGGGGCAAAAUCAGGCCCGGGGAGGGUGAAGAGUGGCUUAACGAGCAAAUGUACGUCCCUCCUUUGCCACCCACCAAUCUGCGAGGUUGCCACCUGAUAAACGUCCUUUACCACGUUUAUUUUGUCAUCAGUCCAAAGAGUUUGGACAAAGAAAUCAAACUGCAGAUACCGAUAGUUCUGGCCACGUAUCCACUCAGACAAGAAGGCGCUCCAGCAGGCACUGCACCGUCCAAAAGAGGCGCUCACUAUCCCUCGACACUGCCAAUUUUCCGACCUUGGCUCGACGACAAGGCUUUCGAAGUCCAAGAGUAAAACCUCUGUAAAAUCCUCGUUUCCUAUUCAUCCCUCUCCUCUUAUUUGUGUAAAUAAAUGCGCGAGCCCGACUCUAAAAACAUCGUCAAUGGAGAAAGAUGAGAGAAACUAUAGUUUUUAAUCAUUCGUGUAUGCGGUUAAUAAUUGUGUAUAAAGUUUGUACUUGAAAUAUGAUUUCAUGUAUAUCCGGAAGUGAGAAACCCAGUGGCAGAAUUUCACGAGUCUGAGCCACUUUCGCGUUUGAGUUUCUGCAGAACAGCCUCAACGUUACUGUUACUCACUAUUACAACCUUGUGGCGACUUCGACUACCCUAGAAUAAAGAAAAACAAUAAUUCUUAGUGCCAUGUUAAAUGAUUAUUUUAACUGUUAUACGACUCCUGGUAUUGAAGUUUGCAUCGCUAGGGUGCUAAGAAACUUCUUUUCUGCAUGUCUAAAAUAUGUUUACGACUAAAAUGAAUGACGCUUCUUUUAGCCUAGAACGCGAUAUUCUGACAUAGAUAAUUGAAAAAAUUGUACAUGAAUAAAAGAGCUCCCAAUGGGUCAGAACAUGCUUAUA